GUUCGAGUAGACUGGACAAUGUCAUGCCUCAAGCUACGGAGAGUACAACGACGCGUGGAGAAAUGAAACAGCGCGGGAGUCGCCAGCCAAAAUAAUUUUUUGGCACGCGAAGAGCAAUAGCCUUGUGAAGUCACAGUAAACCUGCAGUUUUAUUUUGUCAAGUUCAUUGCAGGUCAUGUUUCGCUAUACGUUUCAGUAUGCGACGAAAACAAGAAUAGUUAGAGGCUUAUGCUUCAGACGUGGACUACACAAUCCUGCCAGUGGCUGGAAUGCUGUCAUUGGACUCGAAAUUCAUGCUCAAAUCGAUUCGCAAACGAAGUUAUUCUCUGAUUCUCUUACGUCGUUCAAUGCGCCAGUGAACUCGAAUAUCUCCGUCGUUGAUGCUGCCUUUCCUGGUGUUCAACCCACCCUCAAUGAAAAAUGCGUGGAACUUGCUGUCAGAACGGCAAUAGCGUUAGGCAGUACAAUCAACAAACGGUCGACCUUUGACAGAAAGCAUUACUUUUACCCUGAUUUACCGCAAGGCUAUCAAAUCACUCAACAUCACAAACCGGUUUCUCAGGGCGGAGAGCUCGUAUUAGCCACGCACGACGGUGUACCUGAGCCAAUGCAAGUUCGAAUUGAGCAGAUACAACUGGAACAGGAUACCGGCAAGAGCAUACACGACAUGCGUCCGGAUAUGACACUUCUUGACUUGAACAGAGCCGGGUCUGGGUUGAUGGAAAUUGUCACUAAGCCAGACAUGAGAUCUGCUCUGCAAGCCGGCCAAUUUGUCAAGAAAUUACAAGCUUUGCUUAGAUGUGUUGGGUCAUCCAACGCUAACAUGGAAGAGGGAUCACUUCGGUGCGACGUGAACGUUUCUGUACAUAAAGAGGGUGACUCAUGGGGUACACGCUGCGAACUGAAGAACCUUAAUAGCGUACGAUUUUUGUCAGCAGCCAUAGAGGCUGAAGUUCAACGGCAGAUAAAAGUACUGGAGAAUGGUGGUAUCAUCGAACAAGAAACGCGUGGCUAUGAUGUUGAACAAGGCAAAACGUUUCGUUUACGCGGUAAAGAGACUGCGCGUGACUAUCGUUACAUGCCAGAAACCGACUUGCCGUCACUCAUUUUGACACAAGAGUACAUCGACGCCUUGCGUAACAGUAUGCCAGAACUCCCCGAUGCCAAACGGGAGCGAUUAAUGCAGCAAUAUAACUUAUCAGAUCAUGACGCAGCGGUUCUGUUAUCUGAAUCGAACGCUGCUGAAUAUUUCGAAACGGUUUGUCAAGGAAGACCUCCCAAGCUUGUUGUAAAUUGGACAACACAUGAAUUAUUUGGACAAUUGGCUAGUAAAAACAUUCCUUUCACUGUCAAUCCUGUAUCUACAGACCAACUCGGAUCUGUACUAGACCUUAUCCAAUCAGGCUCAAUAACAGGCAUGACGGCCAAAAACGUGCUCAAAAUCAUGAUAGACGAGGCCGGAAGUCGGCUAGCAUCCGACAUAGUGGAAGAGAGAGGUUGGAAAAAAGUUGGUGAUGAAUUGACUUUAAGGGAAAUGUGCCAACAUUUGAUGGAUAAGAAUCCCGACAAGGUUGCAAGUAUCAGAAGCGGUAACACCAAGUUGGCAACGUGGCUUAUAGGUCAGAUAAUGCGAGAUACACGAGGGCUAGCUGAUCCAGUGACGCUGAACAAGGUGCUGGAAGAAGCUCUUGGCGUGAAAUUAGAUGAUUUAAAUAAUGUUAGCCACAGUAAAGGCAAGAAAUCCAAGAAGAAAGGACAAUAAAAAGCAUGCAGCCUGACGAUAUGCUUCAGCAGCAAAGAGGGAACAGAAAAAAAAAAAAAAAAAAGCAGAGCAGCGUAAUUUGUGCCAAUGUAACACCAAGCCUUUAAGCAACGUGGCGGUUGUAAAAGCUUACGGACCGCUGACGAUGUUCCAUAUUGGGCAAACUAAUGUGGAGUGAAUCCCAGUCUGCGCUUGAUAGAACAUGUUCGGCGGGGAGAGAAGAAGCAUAGGGCCACGCCGACAGAUGCCAGGUUAGGGAUUUCUGACAGCUUGCAUUAGCAAAGAAGUCUGUAAAAAAUUAGGAGAUAUGUCAAGCCAAUCAUGUCAUGCAUCAAAACAUCGGAAAUCCAU